AUGGCCAGAUCAGUUUCUCAAUGCUCACCGCCAAUGGCCUCUAUCACAAGAGCAACGGGUAGGCAUUGGUCUCCACUUGAUGUUCAUCCACUGACGAGAGAGGCCCCACACUACUCGGGACCCCAAGCGAUAGCAUGGAACGAAUUGGCUGCCAAGUGUAUCGGCGAGCCAAAUCCACAGUAA